AUGCCUCGGGGCAAUGACGCCCAGGUGAAGGUCCACCACAAGGGCCAGAAUGACGACUUCAUCAUCUUUGUAGAGUCCUCAGAUGCCGUGAGAGAGUGGAAGAAGGACAGGAGUGUACCACUUGCUCAGGUUGUGAGUGGGUUCAAAGUGUUUGUUACGCACAAGCAAGGUAACCAAGGCAAGAUGAACAGUGCCUCGAAAGGUGCACUGGAGGACGAAUUCGGGUCAAGCAAGGACGAAGAUGUAGUACAGCAGAUAUUGGAGAAGGGCUCAAUCAUUGAGACGGAGGGACAGAAUUCCGGCCGUCAAGGCGACAGAAACAUCACUCAGGGCGGCACCGUGUCCCAUAAUUGA